AUGCCCGAGUCAGAAGCCUCUCUUCUCCAGCUGGAAUGGCUCGUCUUAGCGGCAUCCGCCCGCAUCGAGUUCUCCGCAUCCCUCCCCUCUGUCGCCAUCCCCCCUAUCGCGCAGCUCAUCGCACGCCCGCAGGCCCGGCUGCAGCAGAAGAUCUCUGCCGCCCUUGCGCAGAAAGACUUCGACACCCUCUUUGAGUCUUUCCCGGCUGGCAGCCGUGAUCGAUGCCGUCUUCUCUCCUGCCUGGGGCCUCUGUCGUCUGGCUGGCUGUCGGCCAUCCCCGCAUAUACCCGAGGUGACAAGCGCAAGUGCUUGAACAACUACGCCUACCGCCUCGCUACGGCCCUCACCCUCGGCAUCACUUUCCCUCUCACCAGCCUCGCACCGUCAUGUACGUGUGGAGCAAGCAUCGACACCCUGGGCGACCACUUUUUCCUCUGCAGCCGCGCGACGGCGGAGCGCGUGUUCAAGCACAACACCCUGCUGGACGUCUUUAAGGCAAUCCUUGCGGAGGUGGGCAUCACGGCUGUCACCGAAGUGCCCCUGCGGUCUCUCGAUAUCACUUCCCCAAACGCCCAGCCCAACAGUCAGCGCAUGCAUCUCUUCUUCUCCAUCAACGGCGAAGGUGUCGUGUGCGACCUCACGGUGGUCCAUCCGUGUCGGCCUGGGAACUCAACCGCCCACCACACCCAGGUCAACCGCAGCAACGCACGUCGGCCGGGCGGUUUUGCAGCUGCAGGGGCGGAGCGCGACAAAGAUCGCAAGUACGGUGCCAACUGUCGGCAGAAAGGCUACACCUUCGU